CGUCGGUAAGUGUAUGGAACAUUUUCAUCCGUACGAUUUCUACGCAUUCACGCCAAGUGUCUUUUUUUCCUUCUUCUUACUUUCAAAUACCAGUUAACUUCGAAGCAGGAUAAAAAACUGGUUUUUAUUGAAUAAGAAAAGAAACGUUGUUCCUCGUUGUCGUGUCGGGAGAAUCGUUAGUGACGUUUGUUCGUCGAUAUCCGUACCUUUGCUAAUGGACGACGAUACAAUUGCCAUCGGAGAGGAGGAUGAAACGGGUCCGAACAGCAAUAAACUUAAGCAUCCAUAUGUUACCAUGUUCCAUUUAGCCUUCAGAGUAGCGGCAAUAGUAGCCUAUAUGUUGUGUGGAUGGUUCUCGAAUAGUUUUAUAACUAGUUUUGUAGUUGUUGUAUUACUUUUGUCAAUGGAUUUUUGGACUGUGAAAAAUAUUACUGGAAGGCUAAUGGUUGGUCUUAGAUGGUGGAAUUAUGUGGAUGACAAUGGAAAAAGUCAUUGGAUAUUUGAAUCUAAAAAGGGUGUUGAACAGAAUCGCAUUAAUUCAACAGAGGCCCGUAUCUUUUGGUUAGCUUUAAUUUUCUGUCCAUUUCUGUGGUCUGUGUUCUUUGUGAUAGCUCUAUUCGGCUUAAGAUUCAAGUGGUUGCUACUUGUUUGCAUUGCCAUUGUUUUAAAUGGUGCAAAUUUGUACGGAUACGUAAAAUGCAAAAUGGGGAAUGAUAGAAAUAUUUCUGCAGUCACCGGCGAUUUCUUGAGAAAACAAGUCAUACAGAAUGUUGCAUCAAUGAUGAGCAAAAGUCCUGCAUCAAAUAAUUCAAGCGAGGCAACUAAUGUGAUAUAAAAUUAAAAAUUCUCAGCCAUGGUAUUAUUUAAGCACAGUGCUGUCGUAAUAAGAAGGAGUAUUCUUAUGGAAAAUAUCAAUUUGUAUAUACAUAUAUAUGUUUGUGUGUGUACGCGUGAGUGUGUGUUUGCGAGCGCGGAUGUGUAACAAUAUCGAUACGCAACGGUAACGAUAUGAAUAAUGUAAAAUAAAGUUGCUAGAAAAAAUAUCCCUGUUCACCCCUCCUCCCCCUCCCUGUCUCAUUUCCUAAGGAAGAUGAACGAAAAGUUGCGUGUGUUACGUUAGUUAUUAGUUUAUUGGUGCCACAGGGCAAUACAUAAUGUACACAUUAUUUCUCCCCAUCAACAGACUUCCUAUUACACAAUAUUUAAUUUGUAUAGGUGUUAAUUAGUAACAUUGCAUUUAUUAUAUUCACUUCAGCCUGUUGUAUUCUUUCUGGCAAGAAAGUAUCACAAAAUAAUUUCCCAUUCUUUCAACGAUAUUUAAUAUUUGACUUAUUCUUUGUUUCUUUAAUUCACAUUUCCGUCGGAAUGAAGGAGUGCAAUCGCACCGAUUACAAUCUUAUUAUCCGAGUAGAUGAACUCUUUGAGAUGAUCUCACGCAUAAUGUAACAAACUCGUCGUGGUAUUGCACGGAGCGAUAGUGGGGCCGAUUGUAUUUUGUUGCAGUAGUAAAGAUCAUCUGCUCCGAAGACGCGAGUUGUAUGCUUUUUUAAGAAGAAGAAUACAACAAACCACAUAUUGCUAUACAUUGUUGGAUAUAAAAAAAUUAGAAACACUAACAAUAGACACGCAUCUAAAGUACAACAUACAGAAAAAUUUCGGAAUGAUACAAAAAAACGCAAUAACGUUA